AUGGAACUAUUAAAGAGUAAAAGUGGGUUUCAAAAAAGAAAACUUAAAAAACAGAAAGAAGCAUUAAAUAAAUUCCCAAAGCUAGACAAGUUUAUUAUUAAAAAUAUUAAUAAUAACCAAGAGAGUACUCCAGAUGAUGCAUCGAUCGAAUGUGAAUGUUAUGAUGAGUUAAAUAUUUUAGAGAAAAGUUAUACAGAAGUGAUUGCUUGCAAAUCAACUAAAGCAGACUGUAGUGAUGGAGAAAUUAAAAAAAUUUCAGAUGAAAUAGUUGACACAGAAGAUGCUCAGGAAGUUUUAACAGGUAUUAAUGAAAAAAAUAUCAUUUAUACAAAUACCACUAUAUGUAGUGACCUAGGAAAAUAUUUAAAUCAGAACAUUUCUGAUGAAACCAAAAGAUUACUGAUAAGCAUUCCUGGUCACAGACCUAAAGGACCAUUUCCCAAAGAUCCUAGUCAACAGAACAGAAGUUUCAGUGAAACUUACUAUUAUACUACAUCAAACUAUGGCCCAGUUCCACGAUUAUGGAUUUGUUAUUCAAGUAUGUUGGACGCAGUAUACUGUCAACCUUGUUGGCUUUUUUCAAGCAUCAAAAAUCAAUGGCAAUCGGGGAUAAAGGAUUGGAAAUAUUUGUCACAAAAGAUAAAAAUGCACAGUUCAUCCCAACAUCGCAUUGAUGACUGUGCGGUGCUCGAAUUAUGGAAGAAAAAUAAAACCAUCGAUAAAUAA